UGAGGCUUCGCUUGUUUGUGUGGCCCAGUUUCUCGCAUGCCACAGGUCAGAGCUGGUCCGUGGCCCGGGGGUUGGGGAGCCAUGCCAUAAUUGGGGAAAUGGGGAAGAAAUGCAAACGCUUAAGGCAAAGCCAAGGAGGCCCUGAUGACGGACUUGCACAUCUCUUUCACAAAGUUGCAGGUUGCGGCAGACAAGCCAGCCUAGUUCCCACAAACUCUGCCCAAGACGUGGCUGCUGUCGGUGAAUUCCCUUGGCUGGUCUCGCUGCAGGAUCAGGGCAGCCAUGUUGCGCUUGGUUCCAUCCUAAGUCAAGACUGGAUCCUAAGUGCAGCCUCCAGUUUCCACCACAGAUAUUUUGGAGUCAUGAGCAAGCAAGAUGCAGGACUCCAGGUUUACUGGACAAUCGAGGUUUCCUCCAGUAACCCCCUUGCUGUUUCUUGCUGCCCCUUCUUUGUUUCCAGGACCCAGAUCUCCGCUUUGGCUGGACGUUUGGAUCCCAAAGGGCCUGGGGAAUCUCUGGUGCCCAUCCAGACCAUCGUCCCCCACGAGGCCUUUGACGAGAUAACCCUGGUGCACAACAUUGCUCUGCUGAAGACAAGCACUCCGCUCCGUUUCAGCGCGACCCUGCAGCCCGUCUGCUUCCCCACCCCAGACUUCCCAGGGGCAACGCUGAAGAAAUGCUUUGUGGUCGGCUGGCAGGACCCUCGGGGAGAGGUUCUCUACUGCCUUGGCUCACCAGGGGUCAGUCCUCUGCGGAGACUCUCGGUGGAAGAUGUGGACCCCUGCCCCCUGCACAGAACCGUCAGGACCGAGUGUUGCAGCCACCGGGAAGGUGACCGAGUGCCCGGAUGCCUGGGGUCAGCCGGCAACCCGGUCCUGUGUGAGGCGGAAGGAAGGCGGGUGCUGAAGGGCCUGCUGAGUGAAGCGGGCACCAGAUGCUAUGGGCCCUUCCUCUACAGCCGGCUCGUCUACUACAGUGACUGGAUCGUGGCCACCACGGCCAAAUGGGGGGCUCCAGCGUCCCCCUUUCCUGGCCAAAGGUAUCCGCCCCUUGGGGGCCCAGCGGAGGAACAGGCGAGGCUGCUGUUUGAGCCCUUUCUGGCGCUGAGAGCCCUGAAUGUCUCCGGUGCUUCAGAAGAACCCCUCAGCCUGAACCUGGAGCUGGAGGAGGGCAGCCUGGGCCCCCCCGAAGGGCCCCCCGAGGCACGAGGGAAACUUCCACUCUACUAUGACUACUACGGGGGGGAGCUGCUCGCCAUCCCGUCAGCAGAGCCCGGCCAACCCCAGGGGCUGCAGGGCCUCCUCUGCGGGGUCCUCUUGCUGCACCUCCUGGCUUCCUGAACUGCUGGGCAACCGGACUGUUCCUGGGCCCCGAGACCCGAUUUCUCUGGGGAGGCCCUUUGACCCUCCUCGGCCUCCUUGCCCUCCGAGCACGAGAGGGAAGAACAGAAAGCACCAACCCCCAGGAAGCCUCAGGACAGCCUGCCUUUGCAGGCCUCGUGCAGGGCGUUGGCCCAUGGACAGGUGUCCCCAUCCAUUAAAUCCCCUUUUUGUGUCCUAUCGUUGAUGAGAUGUUCCUUUACUUGAGCUUUUGGCCAGGGCGGAGAGCAACCUGCCUGUUGCUAGACUGGGACCAGUGGCCACCACGUGUUUAUGGGCCACCCCACCCAUAAUCCCCAAAGGUGGGGAUUCCUGGGACACCCUGUGCCAGCUAUGGAUUUGGUCCACCACUUUGCACUUAGGGCGUAACUCUGAGCUGCAAUCUCAUGCCUGAGACCUUUGGAUUCCCCCC